ACGUUAAUCGUCUGGAUUUGACAUUUGAUUUGUGUGUGUUAUGAUAGUUAACACAUUCAUAUGUUAAACCGUAACUUGAUUAAGUAUCUUCCUUAGCUAACUAGCGAGUGACUAUCUACCAAACAUUAACCUGAUGUUGGCUACUUGCUGCGUAUGUCAAGCUAGAUGCGUACAUUUUCAUUGAGGCAUGCAUUUGGCGUACUGUUGCCCUCGACCUGCAUUUCCUUUCUUGCCAAAAUAUUUGACCAGCUCAGUUUGCUACCAAUCAUCAAAGAGUGUGCAUUUUCCUUUGCCAUGAUAGUCAAUUAAAGGAAUGCAUUUGUCAGAGUAAGAAACUAAGUAAAAUUUAAAGGUAGAACAUGAAAGGCAUUUUUUUAGGGGCAAUGUUCAAUACUUGAUAAAUAAGUCAACAGUGCAUGCUGGAAUGAGUUGGCAGUUUUUUUGUUAUACAGAUGGUCAAAUGUUAAAAUCUACAUGUUACAUUUCAUGAGGUGUUUGUUGAUAGUGUGUGGCCUCUGUAUUUGCCCUUUUGCCUUAGUGAAUUGCAUGCCCAAACCUCCCCAUUAGGCUAGAUGGUGCUGUUGUUUCAGUUAUAGAUUUAGUUGAUCCUGUGCUUGGUAAACUGUUCUUUAAAACGUAUUUAAUGCUCUUUAGAUCAAUAUGGUUGUUACUAAGAUACGUGUAUGCUAGAAUUUAGAAUACCUAGUUUGCACUGUUGGUCAUUGUUUAAUUUCAUACAUUUACAUUUACAUUUAAGUCAUUUAGCAGACGCUCUUAUCCAGAGCGACUUACAAAUUGGUGCAUUCACCUUAUGACAUCCAUUCUGCACUGAAAUAUAGUACCAGUCAAAAGUGUGGACACCUUCUCAUUCAAGGGUUUUCUUUAUUUGUAUUAUUUUCUACAUUGUAGAAUAAUAGUGAAGACAUCAAACUAUGAAAUAACACAUGUAGAAUCAUGUAGUAACCAAAACCGUGUAAAACAAAUCACCUGGAAUGCAUUUCAAUUAACAGGUGUGCUUUAAGUUGAUUUGUGGAAUUUCUUUCCUUAAUGCGUUUGAGCCAAUCAGUUGUGUUGUGACAAGGUAGGGGUGGUAUACAGAAGAUAGCCCUAUUUGGUAAAAGACCAAGUCCAUAGUAUGGCAAGAACAGCUCAAAUAAGCAAAGAGAAAUGACAGUCCAUCAUUCGUUUAAGACAUGAAGGUCAGUCAAUCUGGAAAAUGUCAAGAACUUUGAAAGUUUCUUCAAGUGCAGUCACAAAAACCAUCAAGUGCUAUGAUGAAACUGGCUCUCAUGAAGACCACCACAGGAAAGGAAGACCCAGAGUUACCUCUGCUGCAGAGGAUACGUUUAGAGUUAUCAGCCUCAGAAAUUUCAGCCCAAAUAAAUGCUUCACCGAGUUCAAGUAACAGACACAUCUCAACAUCAACUGUUCAGAGGAGACUGUGAAUCAGGCCUUCAUGGUCGAAUUGCUGCAAAGAAACCACUACUAAAGGACACCAAUAAGAAGGAGAGACUUGCUUGGGACAAGAAACAUGAGCAAUGGACAUUCGACCGGUGAAAAUCUGUCCUUCGGUCUAAUGAGUCUAAAUUUGAGAUUUUUGGAUUCCAACCGCCGUGUCUUUGUGAGACGCAGAAUAGGUGAACGGGUGAUAUCCGCAUGUGUAGUUCCCACCGUGAAGCAUGGAGGAGGAGGUGGGAUGGUGUAGGGAUGCUUUUCUGGUUACACUGUGAUUUAUUUAGAAUUCAAGGCACACUUAACCAGCAGGGCUACCACAGCAUUCUGCUGCGAUACGCCAUCCCAUCUGGUUUGUGCUUAGUAGGACUAUUAUUUGGUUUUCAACAGGACAAUGACACACCACACCUCCAGGCUGUGUAAGGGAUAUUUGACCAAGGAGAGUGAUGGAGUGCUGCAUCAGAUAACCUGGCCUCCACAAUCACCCAACCUCAACUCAAUUGAGAUGGUUUGGGAUGAGUUGGACCGCAGAGUGAAGGAAAAGCAGCCAACAAGUGCUCAGCACAUGUGGGAACUCCCUUCAAGACUGUUGGAAAAGCAUUCCAGGUGAAGCUGGUUGAGAGAAUGCCAAGAGUGUGCAAAGCUGUCAUCAAGGCAAAGGGUGGCUACUUUGAAGAAUCUCAAAUAAAAAAUAUAUUUAGAUUUGUUUAACACUUUUUUUUGGUUACUACAUAAUUCCAUAUGUGUUAUUUAAUAGUUUUGAUGUCUAUUAUUCUACAAUGUAAAAAUAAAGACAACCCCUUGAAUGAGUAGGUGUGUCCAAACUUUUGACUGGUACUGUAUAUAUUUUAUUUUUCAUUAUUGACCAGGAUGCUGGGACUUUUACAAAUACUUUCUAUAUAAUUCUAGAUAUCUUGUAGCCUAAUUUCCUUUGUAUAGUUUCAAAACUCUGUAGUGUUUGUAGUUUUCCCUUUCAGUCUCUCAUUUAUUCACCCUCCUUCUUCUGGGCUCGUAGGUGUUUUGACUCUGGGACGGUUAUUGUGUGAAGCAGCUUCAUAGUAGAUCUCAAUCCAGACUUUGAAAUUCCUAUCUUUGUUUAAUUCACCUGAUUGUGGUUAGUAGCUUGGAUAGGUUAUUUUUUGGCACUGAUAGCACCAACUAUCAAAUGUUUGUUUUGAUCAAAGAGCAAAUCCGGUGGUUACUAGGCUUUGAGUUUAUCUGAUGGAUAUCGCUGAGGUGCUUAAUUUUUGUCACUGUGUCUCUUGUAUGGCGUACUACAAUCUUCAUGCUGAGUGAUCUGCAUAUCAAAAUCCUCUUAUAAUGCUAAUUGCUGUCCUGCAUCUUUCCUUUCUCUGGGCCUAUGAAAUGGUUCCGUGGUUAGGCUAAUCAUUUGGGGAUCGGGGACAUAGGCUAGCCCUAUAUCUUUGCCUUCACACACACUCAUGUCACACUUCACUGACCCAGUCACUGACCCAGUAGGCCUAGCUCCUGAAGAUGAGCGUCUUUACCUCAAUAGGUUGCUACUAAUCAAAUUGUAUUUGUCACAUUUAUUUUAUUUAACCUUUAUGUAACUAGGCAAGUCAGUUAAGAAUAAAUGCUUAUUUUAGAAUGACGGACUACCCUGGCCAAACCCUCCCCUAACCCAGACGACGCUGGGCCAAUUGUGCACCGCCCUAUGGGACUCCCGAUCAUGGCCCGGGAUUGAACCAGGGUCUGUAAUGACGCCUCUAGCACUGGAUGCAGUGCCUUCGACCGCUACGCCACUCGGGAGCCUACAUGCGCCGAAUACAACAGGUGUAGACCUUAACGUGAAAUGCUUACUUACAAGCCCUUAACCAACCAUGCAGUUCAAGAAAGAGUUAAGAAAAGAUUUACUAAAUAAACAAAAGUCACACAAUAAACUAAAAGUAACACAAUACAUAACAAUAAUGAGACUAUAUACAGGAAGUACCGGUACUGAGUCAAUGUGCGGGGGUACAGGUUAGUUUGUACAUGUAUGUAAGGGUAAAGUGACUAUGCAUAGUUAAUAAACAGCGAGUAGCAGUAGUGUAAAAACAAAGGGGGGGUGUCAUCAAAUGGCCACCCGGACUAUUUUUAUUGAGUUGUUCAGCAGUCUUAUGGCUUGGGGGUAGAAGCUGUUAAGGAGCUUUUUGGACCGAGACUUGGCACUCCGGUACCACUUCCCGUGUGGUAGCAGAGAGAACAGUCUAUGACUUGGGUGACUGGAGUCUUUGACAAUUCUUUUGGGCCUUCCUCUGACGUCGCCUAGUAUAUAGGUCCUGGAUGGCAGGAAGCUUGGCCCCAGUGAUGUACUGGGCUGUACGCACUACCCUCCGUUGUGCCUUACUAUUAUGGUCGCCAUUUUGGAAUUGAUCUCAGGGAGUUAAAUGUCCAAUGCAGUCAUUUUUAUCUCAAAUAAUUUAUGGGUAACAAUUAUGUACCUUACAGUGAUUGUUUUCAAUUUAAAUAGUAAAAAAAGAAACGCAAAGAACCAUUUCUCAAGCAAUAAUUUUUAUAGAAGUGUCUGAGUGGGGAGGGGGAAAACUAAAAACUAGCUGUUUUUGGCAUCUACUUACCUAGAUUAACUCAUGGAUACCAUUUGUAUGUCUCUGAGUGCAGUUUAAAGGAGGUUGCUAACUAGAGUUAGCGCAAUGACUAGAAGUCUAUGAUAACUGCUAGCAUGCUACAGUAGUAGAUACCAUAGACUUCCAGUCAUUGCUCUAAUGCUAGUUAGCAUUGGUUUGCGAAACUACCUCUAACUUCCUCCAUUCUGGAUGCAGAGACAUGGUGACUAUGAUGUCAUCUGACUCUGGGGAAGUAGAUAAAGGGCUUCAUUGCCAAAAUCCUGAAGUAUCCCUGUAAUUAAUUCAGAGUGGCUGUGGGUCCAACUGUCGGCAAGUGAAGUCAGGGGAUAUGAAUCUGCGAUAGCCGAAAGUCGGACACUAUAGUGUUUUUUCAACAGCAAGGCUCAGAUCAACAUUGUUUAUACAAGUUUUUCUUUAUAAAUGUCAAAAUAAAAUUUUCUAGACCCCCAUAUCACAAACUGAAAACCUAACGUGUAAAAUGAAUUGGCUAAAGAGAUCUCAUAUCACUUUCAUUUGUAUCCCCUGUACCUUUAUUUAGUAUCGCAGAAAAGUUGGUUCCUGUUUCAGUCACAUCUUUGGCCACGUUCUCGUGGGUCAAACAAGAACACCCCAAAUGAUUGGUUGACAAAUAGUGCCUCCCACAAUGCAGGUGAUGGCUGCAUGGUGCAGUUGGCGAGAAGACACUUUUGAUCACAUGAUUUUUGUGUAGUUCAUGCAGUCGACAUGUAGUGGCCACUUUCUUUUUUAUACCCAUAACGCAACACACUUUGAAAGGCGGAGACCAACGUUGGUCAACGUCUUGACAAAAGUGACCGGCUCGAACGUGCCCCUUUGCGGAGAAUAGGCUACUAGGGUGAAGUUAGAUCAAGCUCACUCAAUGUCUGCAAGAUCAUAUAACAGAACCGAAAUGUAAUGGCACAAUGUAAUGUUACUGUAAGACAAAAACACAAUUUGUUUUUCUCAUGAGGCCAAAACUCAACCAUGUGCGUCUCUAGGCAAAAUACACAGGUAGGCUAUGCUACAGUUUAACAACAUGUUCUCUAAAAUUCGCUCAGUGUACAUCAUUCAAAAUAACACUAUAUAACUCAAGAUCAAAAUGCAAAUCCCCAUUAAACUGAUUGAGAUCUGAUGGUUGGUUACUAUGGGUAAAACUUGAAGAAUUAUCAUUCACAUUUAAAUGCUAUUGUGUUUUUGUCUUACGGUAACGUUGUGCUAUUAUAUUUGGUUCUGUUAUGUAGAAUAUUGUAAGAUCUUUCAGACAUUGAUUCAGCUUGAUCUAACUUUAUUAAACGAGCACCAUUCGCCUGAGUAGCCUGUUCUCUGCAUGUAGAGAAUUUAUUAGGUACACCACACCGUUCACGAAAAUGGUUCGCUCCUACAGAAAGUGAGUCUCGUGGCCGUGGCUUGCUAUAUAAAGCGGGCAUCAAGGCAAUCAGUUACUGUUUGAUUGAAUGUUAGAAUGGGCAAAACAAGUGAUCUCAGUGACUUUGAGCGUGGUAUGAACGUAGGUGCCAGGCGCGCCAGUUCCAGUAUCUCAGAAACGGGGCUUUUCAUGUACGACAGUGUCUAGGGUUUACAGAGAAUGGUGUGACAAACAUCCAGUCAGCGGUGGUCCUGUGGACGAAAACAGCUCGUUGAUGAGAGGUCGUAGGACAAUGGCAAGAAUCGUGCAAGCCAGCAGGCGGACCACAAACAGGCAAAUAACGGUGCAGUACAAUGGUGGUGUGCAGAACCCAUAUCUCGUUGGCCCUUGUCACGAAUGGGCUAUUGCAGCAGACGACCACACCGGGUCCGACUCCUAUCAGCUAAAAAACAAGAAGCAGCUCCAGUGGGCACGCAGUCACCAAUACCUGACAAUUGAGGAGUGGAAAAACAUUGCCUAGUUUGACGAAUCCAGGUUCCUGUUGCAUCAUGCUGAUGGCAGAGUCAGGAUUUAGCGUAAGCUGCAAGAGUGCAUGGCUCCACCCUGCCUGGUGUCAACGGUACAGGCUGGUGGCAGUGGUGUAAUGGUGUGGGGAAUGUUUUCCUGGCACACGUUAGGUCCCUUGAUACCAACUGAGCAAUGCUUCAUUGCCCGGAGAAUUCAAGAUGUUCUGGAGACAAAGGUGGUUCUGGCCCGGUACUAGUGUACUUAAUAAACUGGCUACUGAGUGUGCACAUACGCAGAACGUGAUCCGCACAUGCACAGAGUCUUCGGGAAGCUCUGGAUGUUUUAGUCGGUAGACUAAAGAAAAUACACAUCACAACAAGACGACACACCAAAACAUUACAUAAAGAGAGACCUAAGACAGCAAUAUAGCAUGACAGCAACACAUGGCAACAUGGUAAUAACACAACAUGGCAGCAACACAACUUCGUAGCAGCACAAUACAUGGUGCAAACAUUGUUGUGAUGUCCCCAGGCAGGCCAAAACUCCAUCCCUUCAAAACAGGCUGACAUUUCAGGUGUUUCUUUCAAACAGCUCUUACACUAAAAGGGCAUUUUCAUAGUUUUUACAAUUUCACAGUAUUAUUUCCGACUGUUUGUGUGUAUGUGUAUAUAUAUUAAUAUAUCACAGGAUUUUUUAUUUUUUUUUAUUGCAUAUCCAAUGAUUUGUUCCUCACAACUUUUAUAGAUUUCUCAGAUACAAUUUAAAGGGGGAUUUCAUAGGUUUGAAGAACCUCAAUUGACAUAAAAUUCAUUACUUCAUUAUUCUUUAGACUUUUUUUCAGACACAUAAUCUGGUGACUCAAAAUGAGACAUUUUGGAAAGUGUGUGAUCCCUCUUUGAACAGUGUCUGCGAGUGCAUGCAAAAUGUCUCUGUGUGAAGCUGAUCACUGCUUUUUGUCUGGGUCUCACUUACUGUCACUGCUGUCUUACUUCAUCUCACCUCUCUCUCUUUCCUCAUUGGAUGGGACUUUGCUGGGGUCUGCCAAUCACAUUAGGAGCUUGAUGAGUUGGCUGAUGACCGUAUGGCCCUGGUCUCAGGGAUUAGUCUGGACCCAGAAGCUGCCGUCGGAGUCACCAAGAGACUCCCGCCCAAGUGGGUAGAUGGGGUCGUUGAGAUUCAGUAUGAAAUCACACGGGUCCAGCAGAAAAUGAAGGAGCUGGCCGCCCUACAUGACAAGCACAUGAACCGUCCUACCCUCGAUGACAGCAGUGAAGAGGAGCAUGCCAUAGAGAUCACCACUCAGGAGAUCACACAGAUGUUCCACCGGUGUCAGCGUGCAGUGACAGGUCUGCAGACUCGCUGUGGCCACUGCACAGAGCAGGAGGAGAGGCUGCUGAGAAAUGUGGUGUCCUCAUUGGCAGGGAGCCUGCAAGAGCUGUCCACCAACUUCAGACACACGCAGUCCAGCUAUCUAAAGCGCAUGAAGAAUCGUGAGGAGAGAUCCAAACACUUUUUUGACUCUGGUCCUCUAAUGGAGGAGGAUGAAGACCUGGCACAAUAUGAAAUGGGGUUUACAGAUGACCAGCUGGUCCUGGUAGAGCAGAACACAGUGAUGGUGGAGGAACGUGAGAGAGAGGUCCGACAGAUAGUCCAGUCCAUCACUGACCUGAAUGAGAUUUUCCGAGACCUGGCAGGAAUGGUGGUGGAACAGGGCACAGUACUUGACAGAAUUGACUUCAAUGUGGAGCAAUCGUGUGUCAAAACAGACGAGGGGUUAAAACAGUUACAAAAGGCUGAACAGUAUCAAAAGAAAAACCGAAAGAUGCUGGUCAUUUUAAUUCUUACUGUUAUAGUUGUUGUUCUAAUACUUAUUCUAUUUGGGACCAAGUUCUAGUGAUGCAUUCCUUUGCUUUUGGUAUGUGUGUGUGUAUGUUUGGUGUGCUUGUGUGAGGGGUGUCUUAUCAGUAUCGUUUAAAGUACAAUCUGUCCAACUUUCCAAUCAACAUCUGAAGAAUCAUCCUUCCCGAAUCUCUCUCUGUAUGGCUCAUGAAGAUGUAUUGAAUGCAUGAUCCCUAAGAGAGAGGACAGCCAGGGAGUUCCUAUUUCACAUUGCAACUGGCCUGCACACAUGGCCACUGUCCGCCCCAAUACCCUCUUAAACAUGACCGUACCCUCCAUCUGUCAUGGUUCCUGCUGCAAACAAACACAGAAAAAAACACUCCUUAAAUUCCCUUGUCGAAGACUACUGAUUAAUUGUCAUGGCCACACAUUUUGCUUGUUUUUCAAGCAAAUAAGUGGUUUGCUUGUGUGAGCGUAAGCAUCAUAUGUCCAGUUUUAUUGUAAGCUAUAGCUGUAAGCCCUACCCUCCAAUGUAUGUUUUCAAGAGAAGAAUCCUGACAACUCAACUAGAUGAAUAUUGAAUGUCUAUGAACAAGGAACAUUUGUGUCUCAUUUGUGGUGAUGCUACACGACCCUGGUCAUUCUUUUUGCAUUAGAUUUUUCACUUUAUCAUGGUUACUUUUUUAGAGCGAGAAAUGACUAGGUUUGCGUGUCUCUCAGUGGCUGAAAAACUACAAUAGCUGAUUAAUUGAAUACCAAAAACAACCUUUUGGAUUAAGAGCUGUAGUUGACCAUCCUAAAUUCAUGUCUCUGUACCAAGAGUAGUCUUUAAUGAAUUUGCACAUUUAGAUCACUUGAUGACUGCUUUCUUUUGUUUCAUGACCCUCUAUUGUCCGAUAUCUCUAACUAACACAUCAGUUCAGUUUAUUCUUGUCUUUUAUCCCUCAGUUUGCACAUAUCGAAAGACUGAUGAGUUUGGUUUCAUGGCUGUGAAACGGUCUCCUGUAUAAUAUGAAAUUAUAAUUAUUUAUUUUGAAUUUAAAUUGUAUAAAAGUUCCAACGUUUUUUGUCUAAUAUGACAAAUGUAUUGAGUAGCCUACAUUGUGUCUAUGGCCUAAAGUAUGGGGAUGAAAAUCGUGAAAUUGUGAUCAAGCCUUGAUCUCAGAAAUGACUUUGCCCAUUCCACUACAAAAUCAAUUAAAAAUUGAGUACCUUUUUCUCACACUGCUAUGUUUCUUAUGAAUCAUUUUACUUUUUUGGGGGAAAAUGUGUUACUUUGUUUGAGCAGCUUUUGAAAGCAAAAGUCUAAUUUAAAACAGUAUUGAUUGUUGAAUUCGAUUUUCAUAAUAGCAAGCUAGGACUGAUGGUUUGGUUAGCAAGUCUGUUUGGAAACCACGGCAACUACUGUCGCUAUCUAGUAAACACACAUUGAACACGUCUAGUGGCUAAUGUGUUAAAUUACAGCCAUGGUAUGAAAGAGAUAAUCAUCUCCAGGCUCUAUGCGUUCUCUGGAAAAUAAUGCAAUGCAACUCCGUUAAAAGGGCAGUUGCACUUCGCUGGCACGUCGUUUAUUAUUUCGCAUAGAACUCAUAGCCCCUCCGUUGAUUAUUCCUUACAUCAUAUUUGGUUAUACACACACUUCAAUGAUAAAUCAGCAUUGUUCAUGUUGUGAUGGGUUGUGUGGAAAACCCCCUGCUAUAUCCUUGUGGUAUAUUAGUGUAACAGGGUUGGUUAUGUUUCCACUUGCCUCUAAAGAAAUAUAUAUUUGAUGUUCAAGCAUUCUUAUUGGUUAGUUCAACUCUGAUGACAAUAAGGGGUGUUGUGAUUGGCCCCACUUGCAGAUAGGGGGAGAUCGCGAACGUCAGGUCUUCCCAGUAUGAAAAUGUGAUGCAAGGGAUUUUGUCAUCGACAGCCAUCAACACUGUUAAGCCCUGCACAACUAACGUGCUGUUUCCCAUUUAACAACAGCAUAAAUAAAUGAUGCUCAACUGGGACCA